UUUGUAAAUACCCAAGAAAAUACGGCAAAUAAAAAUUUGUUUAGUGGAGAUAUUGUGGAUUUAACUUUUGGUUUAAUAAAUAAGUGUGCAGAUCAUGAUUUUAUGCUAUGUUUAAAGGAGAAAGCAGUUCGAUUUAUCGACAGCAUACCAGGAGACUAUGAAAUUGUAUCAGGUAUAAAAUUAUUACGUUCAUCGGAUGCUUUGGCGCCAACAACCACCAACACUGAUACAACAGCAUCAUAUCAUCGGUCGUUGCCACCACUCGAAUCAAUCGAUAAACUACCAACAAGUGAACGUGAAAAUGUUGUAGAUAAUCUCCUGGUAGAUAGACUAGCACGUUUCCUAGGUACAUAUACAAUACAAUUUCGUGUGCCAAAAACCACCCUCGAUGAUGUGAAGCAGUCUGUUGAAGAAGGACGCAAAAAGAAAAAGAAGCUGCUACUACCCAUACUUUUGCUGUUAAAACUGAAAGCUGCUAUAUUAAUACCAGUAAUUUUGGGUGCAUUGGCUUUAUUAGCAUUUAAAGCAUUACUUUUAGGAAAAAUUGCUUUACUUAUCUCAGGAUUAAUUGCAUUAAAGAAAAUAUUGAGCGCCCAAGAACAUCACUCACAAAGUUAUGAGGUGGUAGCGCAUCCUCACCAUACUUAUUCAAGCACGUACGAUGAUCAUGGACACUAUGGAAGGUCAAUGGAAGAUAAAGCACAAAACCUGGCAUAUUCAGCACAUGUGACUGAAGUUAAGCCUUAACUUCUUGUUAAAUACAAAUUUUGAAACCAUGGAAGCAUUAACUACAAUAGGGAAAUUUAACUACUUAAUAUUCUGGAAUUUUCGGAAAAGAAUGAUUGUAA